AUGUCAAUCUAUUCCAGCAAAUAUUCUUGUCCACGCAUGUUAGGAGCUCAUAUCUUCCAUGACUUUCCAGCAAUCGAUGUAGUUCCUUACCUGUUCUCUCAGCUGCUUGGUGCUGUUUCCGCUGUGCUUUGUGUCCGUGGCUUACACAAAGCAUUCAUUUCCUUCAACAUUGGCCAUUCGAUGUUGUCUGUUCCAACAGCAGAUCAUCAUAGCAUAAUUAUUGGAUUUGGAAUGACGUUCUUUUUGGGAUUAUUUCUCGGCCUUGCCACCCUCAAAUGCAAUCAACAGAUUGGCAAAGUAUUUGUUGGUGGCCCCGGAUAUAUCUUUUGGCUCGCCCUCCUAUCUUUGGGAUCAAUUGUGAUCUUUGAAGGCGAUAUCUUUCUCAACACCGCUCAUGGAAUCGGAAGUUGGAUCUCUACUCUCAUUCUGAGAGAUGAGGUAUUUCUUUUCAGUUGGACAAACAUUAUCAUCGUUUUCAUAAACAUACCAGCUAUGAUGCUCGGAGGGGUAUGGUUCAAACUAGAAGGCCGCCAAGAAGACUCAAAACUAGAAUUGAAAGAAAAGCCGAUCGAACUAUCUGAAUGUGUAGUCAUGGGCUGA